AUGCCAUCCUUCUCAUUGCCACCGAUUAACGACAACCCGGAUGGAAGCUGGGGACCUUCAUCGUCAAAUCUGCCCGAGCAGUUCAAAUUUAAGGAUAUUCCCUAUGCGCCAUACUCAAAAGCAGACAAACUAGGCCGAUUUGCUGAUUGGAACGACCCCUCAGCGGACAAUCGUCCAGCAGCUGUUGGACUGCCCUCUACUCAAAAUACUCGUGGUGGAGGACCUGGUGGCCGACGGAGAGAUGGCGCCACAGUCUUUGGAAGCGGCACUGCAAGCGCCUUCGCAUACUUCCAUGUUGAGGAUGAAUCCUCCUUCUCACUUGUAGACAAUAAAACUGCUGCACCGCGUAGAGGUGGUGGCUUCGCGAGAGGAAGGGGAGGGAACCGAGGGAACGCUACUUGGAGCGGACGCGGCAAUCCCAGAGGUGGACGUGGAGGUGCUGGUGGACGAGGGAACUUCAAUCAGCGAGGAGGGAGACGGGGAGGCUGGAGGGAUUGGGAGAAGACUGGUCGCACUCGCGAGUCGUCCGUGGUCAUUUCUCCUCAAUGGUCGAUGCUGGAAGAGAUCGAAUUCCAUCGAUUGGCCAAAUUGCGUCUCGAAGUCGAUGCACCAGAGGAUAUUGAUUCUUACGGCCGUCUGUUCCCCUAUGAGAAGUCAUACGAUCGAAUCACCACUAAGACAGAACGCCCCCUGCAGUUAAUAGAUCGCAUCAAAUACAACACCACUACUUCUGAUGACCCCGUCAUACAGCAGUUGGCGAGCAAGGGCACUGCGACGGUGUAUGCCACGGACGUCAUUCUGAGUGUUCUGAUGUGCGCACCUCGAUCUGUGUAUCCCUGGGACAUUGUUAUUGUUCGUGAGGGAAACAAUCUAUUCUUCGACAAGCGAGACGGGGGCCCAUUCGACACCGUUACUGUGAACGAAAAUGCCUCUGAUCCACCCCAGGACCCAACACCGCCCAAUCCUAAUAAUCCCACAGAGAAAACAGCGGUCCCAGAGACGCCAUCCAUCAAUUCAGCAACCUCACUGUCUCUGGAAGCAACGUACAUUAAUCAAAACUUCAGUUUCCAAGCUGUAUGCGAGAACCCCCCGCCUCCCGCUGUUGAUUUUGCGCAUCCGAACCCUUUCUAUGGGCCUGAUGAGACCGAUCCCUUGGCUUCAUGUGGAUAUCGGUACCGCGUAUUCGACUUGGGUAUCACAGAAGACGAAGACAUCAAGAUCUGUGUUCGAACCGAAGUCGACGCCUACUCGCCAGGCCAAGGCAAUCCGCGUGAUGGUCAAGGUCUCGUAACAAUCCGUGCCCUCAAUGAAUUUGAUCCCCGUGCACAGGGUGCCGGUGGGGCCCCCGACUGGCGGUCAAAGCUGGAUUCCCAGCGAGGUGCCGUCGUUGCCACGGAGAUGAAGAAUAAUAGUUGCAAGCUUGCGAAAUGGGCUGUCCAGAGUGUUCUUGCGGGUGCGGACCUCAUGAAGAUAGGAUACAUAUCGCGUGCGAAUCCUCGCGAUCCCUCUCGACAUGUCAUUCUGAGUACAGCCUCUAUGCGCCCUACUGAUUUCGCUGGUCAAUUGGGUGUCUCUCUCGCCAACGGCUGGGGUAUCGUUCGCACGGUUACCGACCUGUGCAUGAAGAUGCCUGAAGGAAAAUAUGUCCUGGUGAAGGAUCCUAACAAGCCUGUUAUCCGGUUGUACGCUGUCCCACUUGGCACAUUUACUGCAGAAGAAGAGGACGGCGAACCCUCUGAGGACGAAGGAGAGAGCAACUGA